AUAAAUAUGGCCGGAAAGAUGUUCUCGGGGGAAGAAUUUGAGAAAGGUUACUACCACUACAAAGAGGUUAAGUUUCACAGGAUGAUUAUACCUCCUGCUAACUUGGACGCCAUGGCCACAUUUGAAGUCAGACCGGACGACAUCUUCUUGAUUACUUAUCCAAAGUGUGGCACCCACUGGUCAGCUGAGAUCAUCAACUUAAUUCUGACUGCUGGUGAUCCUGAUAAGAUUGACCAUACUCGACAGGAAGCUGCAAUUGAAAUGUCGUACUUGAAGGACAAAAGCAACCCUACAUCGUUUGUUGCCUUUCACUUAAAGCUGGCCUCAAUGGAAGGGCGUAGAGUGAUACUCACCCACCUGCCUGAACACCUCCUCCCUCCUCAGGUGUUCUCAAAGAAGCCUAAGGUGAUUUAUGUAACCAGAAACCCUAAAGAUUGUGGUGUAUCAUUUUACCAUGCAAUGUCGGGCUUGAUGGCAUCAGACUGGAAUGGACAUGCUGAUAAAUGGAUAAAGCAGGAUGAUUUGAUUGGUGGUGGAUUCUUCACACACGUUCUCAGUUACUGGAAACAUCGACAUGAACCAAAUUUUCUAUAUAUGAAAUAUGAGGAUAUGAAAAAGGAUCCAAGAGGAUCUAUCAUCAGGUUUGCUGACCAUCUUGAAUGCCCUUUAAGUGAUGAAGAAAUUGAUCUUGUUGUACACCAUUCGGAAGUGAAGAAUAUGAAAAAGACAUAUGACAAAGUUGAGAAGAAAACUCCUGAUGGCAAGUUUCUGACCAAAGCUAUGGGAAAAUCACCAUUCAUUCGAAAAGGUCAAAUUGGUGACUGGAAGAAUCAUUUUACUGUUGCUGAAAACGAGGCGUUUGAUGCUGUCAUCCACCAGAACCUUAGUGGGACAGGUCUCACCUUCGAUUAUGAAUAAUCGAAAUUGUGGUGUUGCUCAGACUGCAGCAAUGUUGCUGCUCAGUUUUCUAAAUACUGUUAUUCAGUCCUUACUGUAGCUUGAGUUCUAGGCCCUGACUUUUGGUUACUCACUUUUUAUCUCUUAGUGUGCACCUUACCAAAAUGUAAUUGGCAUCUCAUUCCUAAAUUACUUAUUCGUUGGUGGCGCUGUCCAAAAUGAGAAAAUAAAAAUAAUCAGGUACUUGCAAGUCUGCCUCCGUACAGUUGACUGUUGCUUAGUCAGAGUUGCACAUUCUGCAUUACACUAAUUUUUUUUUAGGCAGUGGCGCUUGUUACACUUGUCUAGAAUCAAUUCUUAAUUCUGAUUUGUAGUUAUUGUCCAAUCUAUACACAUAAUAACGUAAAAUAAUAAUUGGCUUAUAACUGGUGUAACAAUAGCCACUGCCUUUUAAAAUUCUAUUGGCUAUAUUGCCUUUAACUCUUUUCAAGUGUUGCAGUCUUCAUGAACUUUGUGAUGUCAUUUGUUUAUUGAUUAAUGUUUUAAUAAUUAAGAAAACCAAAUUAAAGUAUUUUUAUUGAAUUAGAUUUGAAAUUAUAAAACCAAAAUUUCAUGUGAUAUCAGAUUUUUGUAAUGAACUUCUAUUUUUCUAAAAAGUAUUUUAAACAGUAAAUGUAUAGUAUAAAUUACUUUGAUUAUUAGUGAAGCAAUAAAUAUUUACACAGAUUUUAUAAAUCUGAAAAAACAUGCACUGUAUGUGAUUUGUAUCAAUUAAUACUUUGAUUAUAGUAUAAAAUAAUAGUUAAAUGAAUUAUAGAUUGAUAUUACCUUUCAUCAGUUUAUCAUUUGAUUUAAUUAUGUCGUAGCUUUAAAUCUUCUUUUCGUAGCUUUAAAUCUUCUUUUAUAGAAGACAAAAUUUUAAAUUUUGAAAAUAUAUUAUUUUUAAAUGUUUGGUAUAAAACAUAGUUUAUGUAAUUUAUUAGUUUAUUAUUAUUGUUAAGUAUCCUGAUGACGUGUACACCGUACAUGACAGCUUGUGUUCAAAUAAAUACCUCAACUAAUUUCAAAAGUGCUACUAUGAA